AUGGCGCGGAAUGCUGGGCUGAUGUACACAUAUGACUUUGAGGGAUUUUGGGCUGUCAGCGAUGGUGUUGAGACACUCAAAGAUAGUUGGAAGAAGUUUGCGUCUUUCACCAACGACGUGGAUCUGGAAACCAGCAUCAGAUGGCGAUUUCCGUCUUUCAACGCAUUUCUGGCUGGCAGGUAA